CGUAACAGUUUUAACUACCAAACCUAAAGGAGACAGACAGCUCUCUGUCGUUGCAUUGAAUUUCAGGCGGAGAUUUCAAAGCUUCUUACUUGAAUAAAAGGAGCCUAACUUUCUUCAUCUUCUUCAUAAGAAAACCCUCUUUUUUUUUUUUUUUUUUUUUUGCGCAUUAAACUUGACAAUGAUUCAUUACUCCGUGUCCGUAUCGAAACCUUCAAUCUCAUUCUCAGUUCCCGUGAAAGUCCGAUGCGACUCAAAGAUCGACUCCGUUAAACCCCCAUUACAACAAAAACAACACGUGGGUCCGUUCACAGGGAGGGACCCUAAUGUCAAGAAGCCUGCGUGGUUGAGACAGAAAGCUCCUCAAGGAGAAAGGUUUCAACAAGUUAAAGAAUCUCUCUCCAAUCUGAAACUCAACACUGUUUGCGAAGAGGCUCAGUGUCCCAAUAUUGGAGAGUGUUGGAAUGGAGGUGAGGACGGUAUUGCAACGGCGACAAUCAUGGUACUUGGAGAUACUUGCACCCGUGGCUGCAGAUUUUGUGCUGUCAAAACCAGCAGAAACCCUGCACCACCUGACCCUAUGGAACCAGAAAACACUGCUAAGGCCAUUGCUAGUUGGGGGGUGGAUUAUAUUGUUAUAACAAGUGUAGAUCGUGAUGAUAUACCUGAUGGUGGAAGUGGACAUUUUGCUCAGACAGUCAAAGCUAUGAAGAAACUCAAACCUGAGAUCAUGGUUGAGUGUUUAACCUCUGAUUUCCGGGGUGACCUAACGGCUGUAGAUACUCUUGUACACUCGGGUUUAGAUGUCUUUGCUCACAACAUUGAAACUGUGAAACGGCUCCAGCGAAUUGUCAGAGAUCCCCGUGCUGGGUAUGAACAAAGCUUAUCGGUUCUGAGACAUGCAAAGUUAAGCAAAAAGGGGAUGAUAACAAAAUCUUCUAUAAUGCUGGGUCUUGGAGAAACUGAUGAUGAGUUGAAGGAAGCGAUGGGUGAUCUGAGGGCUAUAGAUGUUGAUAUCCUAACACUUGGACAGUAUCUUCAGCCAACACCACUACAUUUGACUGUCAAAGAAUACGUUACCCCAGAAAAGUUUGAUUUCUGGAAGGAAUAUGGCGAGUCUAUUGGAUUCCGUUAUGUAGCCAGCGGGCCCUUGGUUCGAUCCUCUUAUAGGGCAGGGGAGCUCUUUGUGCAGUCAAUGGUAAAAGAAAGGGCUAAAGAAGCUGCUGCCAUAGCAUAGUGGGUUUUGUUCAUCAACUCUAGAUUAUGAAUUAUGAUGAUUACUACGAAAGUACCAGAACUGGAUGGCACUAGCAUCUUCAGUCCAGGCUAGUGGUUGCAGUGAUGACCCUGCCCUUGAUUCUUUUAGGCUAAGCUGCCUAAGCCAUAAUUCUUAUAUAAUCAUUUAGCUGAGUAUUUACGUAUGCUGCAUUCCUUUCCUUUGGUAUCUUAAUGAAAUCUGGUUUAUAGACAAUCAUUGAGAAGGUUUUCUUUGCAAUAUCUUAUCACAUAUUCAGGAUAUACACCUGGUUCUUCCACACACACUUUUGAUUUCAUGUAUGUGCAGGAAACCGAAAUGUAAAAAGAUGGGGAAAGAAUUGCAAAAAAGUAAUAUAAGUUGGUUGGAAGUGGA